AAUUUCGUCCAACGAAUUUUUCAAUUGUCAUUCUCGUCGUAUAACCCCAGAGUUUUAAUUUUCUUUGCGCAAUCUAGAAGUUCUAAAAUACUUAUUGUGUUAAAAAAUUGAUAACGCUUUGUUACUACUCAGUUAUUGUAGUAUAAAUAGAGUGGAAACUUUCAGACUUAUACAUUAGAGGAACAAAGACUUAUGGUCAACAUGUCUGCUCGAGACAUUUACUAUUCUGAGAAAUAUUAUGACGACGAUCACGAAUACAGGCAUGUAGUGUUACCAAAGGAGAUGGUAAAGCUUAUUCCAAAAAACCACUUAAUGACCGAGGAUGAGUGGCGCAGUAUUGGUGUGCAACAAAGUCAUGGAUGGGUACACUAUAUGACACAUCAGCCAGAGCCUCAUAUUCUACUGUUUCGAAGAAAGAAGCCUCCAACACAGAACAAGUAAUUUUUAAUUGACAAAAAAAUCUAGAUGUAAAAUUAAUUUAAGUUUGCUCAUAACAAUUUUUUUAAAUAUGCAUGAUUAUUGAUGUGGUCAACUUCUCCAUUAUUCGUCUUGUAGCAUAAUCUAACAUAUUAUGCUUAAAUAGUGUUCACUGUCCUGAAAUUGUUUAUUUGUUAUGAGCUACUAUGAUCUUCAUUCCUGAUUUUAAGUCAUUAAUUUAUAAGUUUUUUAACACAAAUCAUCAAUAAUGUAUCAUUCUUUGCAGUAGUUUAUUAUAUUAAGUUUGACAAGAUAUAAUUAUUGCAGCUUCUCUGAGCAACGGUAAUGCUCACUUAGCACUCUUUUAAGAAUAUGGUUUGUUAGUUUUAAUCAAAUUUUGUACAAAUAAAUGUUUGGUGCUAUGUUA